UGCACAUGUUAUAUCAGAGAGGUAUUGCUUUGUCUUCUUCUGUGCAGGGCAUUGGGCAGCGCUGGUAUAGUAGCGUACACUGUGUGUGCACCCCCCCACCUUGUAGUUGUCCAGGUAUAUUGCAGGUCGUGACUUUAUGUCUUACAUGCCAGGGCUAAAGAGUGCCACUCACUGGCUGCUGAACCAAGAUGCCCCCUUACUAGCUGAGGAUUAAGUGACAGCUACAGGAUCUUCCUAAAGGGAUUCUUCUGGAAGCAGCAUCAUGGAGAUCUUCAGGUGCCCAUCCUGCCAGCAGACCCUCUGGGAACCAGUGACUUUGGCGUGUGGGCACACUUUCUGUAAGAAAUGCCUAAAAGUUGCCAACCGAUGCCAAAUCUGCAAGCAGAGGCUGAAGUUCAGAGGUGGCCAGGAGCUCAGGGGUAACACGCUUCUAUCUAGCUUGCUGGACAAGUGCCUGGACAUGGAGACCAAAGUGAAGAGGAUUACAAGGGACCUGGAGGACCUGAUCUCCGUCCAGCAGUAUGAGGAGGCCGUCAAGGUAGCCUGCAAAGGAGUGGCCAUGGCUCCCGAGCAUGUUCCCUUGAGGACAUUGCGAUCCCAGGUGUAUCUGUGUUUGAAGCAAUUCCCAGAAUCGUUGAGGGAAGCGGAGGUGAUCUGUGAACUGCAGCCACAAAACCCAGAGGCGUACUACAGAAAGGGAAUUGCCCUCCUUCUUAUGGAAAAGAAGGAAGAGGCUCUUAACGAAUUCCAGAGAUGCCUAGGCUUAAAUCCACAUUUUACUACAGCCCAUCUUGGGACUGGACAGAUACUUAAGGACUUGAGCUGUUCUCUGCCUUCAUCUCUGGAGGAUUUCGUAGAUGAGGUGUUUUCCAGGUCAAGACGCUCCACUGUAGAUACUUCCGCCCUUAUAGCUCCUCUUGAAGCCGCAAACAUUAGGUCACAAGACUGCGGAACCAUCAACAAGAUUAAUGAAGACAAGACGAUUUCUCCGUUAGUCCAGCCGUCUGAUGGGACAUCAAUUGCCUUAAACCAAGAGCAAAGGAAGAGGAAAGAGAUGGAUGACGCAACGCCACCGGACAAAGAAAGACUACGUAAACAUUUAAGAUUGACAUACUCUCAGGAAAAUGAGGAGCAUCACAAGGAUUGCCUCCCACCCAUUCCACUGCUGAAAGAUGUCUUGAGCCUUUCAGAUGUAGAAUGUUCGCUGUGUAUUCGGAUGUUCUUUGAGCCAGUCACCACCCCUUGUGGACACACCUUCUGCAGGGAAUGCUUGGAACGUUGCAUGGACCACCAGCCAUAUUGCCCACUAUGCAAACAAUGCUUACGAGAGUACCUGAGGGUGGGAUCUUAUCCCAUCACUGCUGUCCUGCAGGAUGUCAUGAUGACCGCUUUUCCUUCGGAAAUGGCUGACCGGAAGCAGGUUCACCUUACUGAAAUUGCUGAGAUGUCCAACCUGGUUAGCAAUGUGCCAAUCUUCGUCUGCACGAUGGCCUUCCCCGGAGUGCCCUGUCCUCUCCAUGUGUUUGAACCACGUUAUCGUCUCAUGAUGCGUCGCUGCCUAGAAACUGGGACUAAGAGCUUUGGGAUGUGUUUAUAUGAGAGCGGCAAGAGCUUUUCAGAUUACGGGUGUAUGCUGGAGAUCCAGCACUUAGACUUUUUGCCAGAUGGUCGGUCACUGGUGGAGACAGUUGGUAGAAGACGUUUCCGGGUACUUCAGAGGGGCCUGUUGGAUGGAUAUCACAAAGCAGAAAUAGAAUACCUGGUGGACAAGAAGCUGGAGGGCGAGGAAUUGCAGGAAUUACAGAGAUUACAUGACAUGGUGUAUCAACAGCUAGAGGAAUGCUUCUCCCACCACAUGGGUAGCCUUCCACGGCGAAUCUUCACACGUUAUGCCAGCCCACCUCCGAAAGAGGACGACAUACAGGCAUCUCCAGAUGGUCCUAACUGGUGUUGGUGGCUCCUGUCCGCGUUACCUUUGGAUCCAACAUACCAGAUGCUGAUUCUCUCCAUGACCUCAUUAAAAGAAAGACUUUUCCACUUGAAGCACAUUCUGUCUGUGUUCCUCCAGAACAGGUCCUAGGAAUUUGAUCAUUGUCCUACAGCCUUUCGUAGAAGUGCCGUCCAACCAUUGUAAAAUUAAGGGAUUUUGGUGCUUAUUGGGUUCUUCUGCUGUCACUUGUGAUUCACUGCACAGCCAAUCGUAACUACUGGAAACCUUGACAUAGAUAUAAAGAAGAUGUGAUUUAAGACUUUAAGACAUCUGGAGACAUAGUGACAUCUCUUUUUAGGUCAACAUCAUCAAUAAUGCUUAAUUUGCUUAAUGGAAAAAAAAAGUUUUUUUUUUUUUUUUUUGAACCGUUUUAUUUUUUUUUAAUUAUAUUAAAGUGGCGCAAGGUGCCUGAGCCCCUGGUGGCCCCUUUUUUUCUUAUUGCCUAGAAAUCAGUGGCCAUAUUUCUGCAGAAUGAUUGUGCUAUACCUUUUUAUGCUGUGUUUUGCUUGAUUUAACUAAGUUAUCCGGGCAACAGAUAUUGAUGAUCUAUCCUCAGGUCAUCAGUAUGAGAUCGAUGGGGGUCAGCUGUUUAAAGGGGCGGCAGCUUUGUCCACUUCAGUGUUUACCUGCAUGAUAUCUACAGUGUAGUGUAAUCACAUGUGUUCGUCCCAUUCAAGUGAACGGGAGAGGAAGCUGUAAAUACACCGCACCACCACUACAAGGGAGAAGUGAAGAGGAUGCAGGGCUUGUCCAAGUGCUGUGGCCACUUCAGACAGCUGAUCGAGCGAGAGUGCCGGGAGCUGGGCCCCCAUUGAUCUGAUAUUGGUGACCUGUCCUGAAGAUAGGUCAUCGAUAUCUGUAGCCCAGACAACCACUUCCAUACUUGAUUGUUCUAGAUUUGUUCUUGACCUGUUUCCAUGCAAAGUAACCAUGCCUUGCGUGUAGAAGGGAAUGGAUUUUUGUGAAGCUAGGCACCACUGUGGAAAAAAUAGCUGAUAUGUCCAGCAGACACUCUUGCACUUUAUCAAACAUUUUCUACUAACAGCUGUCUUUUGUCUGUUGUAUUGUUUGUAUUGUUCUGGGAAAACACAAAUCCCUACAAUGUGAACCCUUAAACUUGUAAUAAACAGGGUUUUCAGUUGUA